CCGGUUUAUCCGGCUUUCUUAAGAGAAUCAAUGUACGACGACGUUGAUGAUGAUACGCUUGCACAAGUCUCAUCUUGUGGAGCGGAUGCAUCUGAUUUUCAAUCCGGAUUUUAUGAUUUUGAUUAUUUGACGGUGUCUCAGUUGAUUGGAAAAGAUCUUCUAGCUGAACUCAUUAUACAUGGAUUUCUUGGUCUAGGCUCACUGCAAUUUACAAUGCCCCAGUCUUCGGAUAAUAAAGUGACUUCUUUCGUUGAUUUUUCAUCAUCGAAAACAAGCAACAUAAAGUUUGAUUAUGGGCAUCAAUUUGAAGCUUCCGAUUUCGAUUCCGAUAAAGAAUACCAGAGCAAUUCCGAAAAUGUCGAAGUUGAUGAGGACGAGGAGUGGGUGAAAUUGGAUGAAGAUUUCAACGAUGAAGAUUGGGAAAUUAUAUAAGACAAACAG